GUCUCCGCUUGCGCUCACCUUCCUUCCCCUUCCUCCCAACUCGCCGCCCUCCCUCCCCCACCCUUCUCUGCCGCCUCCACCGAAGCACGAAGCCCGCACGGCCGCACACCUCGGCUCCCCGUCGGGAACCAGGACUUGCCCCCCUUGGCGUGCCCGCGCUCGAAUUUGUUGCGGAUUUGUGCUCCCGAGUCCCAAUUCCCCUCCCCCCCCGCCCAAGCAGGGCCCCUGGGGUGGGCUGGGAAUGGACGAAGCUGCAGAUUCCCCCGCGCUGCUUCGUCGGGUCGAGGAGCUACAGCGCGAAAAGGAUGAAAAACAGAAUUCUUUGGAAGUAUUGAUACGUCGUGUUGAAGGGCUACAAUAUGAAAUGGACGAAAAAGUGGAUCUUGUUGAAGUCUUAACUCGUCGAGUUGAAGAACUCCAGCGAGAACGUGAUGAACUCAGAAAAGAUAUUGAACAAUUAUGUAUGCAACAAACUGGGCCUGGUUAUGUUUCAGUUGCAACUCGAAUGCUUUCUCAGAGGACUGCAGCUUUGGAACAGGAUGUUGAGAACCUCCAGAAGAAGUUAAAUGGUUGCUUAAGAGAGAAUCAAAAUUUACAAGAGGAGCUUGCUGAAGCUUAUCGAGUUAAGAGCCAGCUUGCUGAGUUACAUGGUGCUGAGCUAUCAAAGAACAAGGAUCUAGAAAAGCAAGUAAGGUUUUUCCAGAGCAGUGUUGCUCAAGCAUUUGCUGAACGGGACAGUUCAUUAAUGGAGUGUGAGAAAGCGAAAGAGCGGGAGGAAGCAGUGUUGAAAAAGUUUGCUGACUUUGAGGAAAGGAAGAGAGAAUAUCAAUCUGCAAUUGACAAUCAGAAACACUUAAACGAUGACUUGCAGAGGAAACUGACAGAACUGGAGGCACAGACAGAAUCUUCCUUGAAAGUUAUUUUAAAAUUCUAUGACCUUCGUUGCAGAGACUGUGAAUGUCCUUCAAACAUUACUUUUGAAGAGAAGUGUUCAAUCCUUCUGGAUGAUUCUGCUGAUAAUUGGAGUUUUAGCUCCGAUGGUGGAACCUCAACUUUGAAGUACAUUGCAUCUCAAGAAGAGGAGAAAGAGUCACUUAAAGCUAAAAUGGCGAAGCUUCAAAGCAAUCUGAGGAUGGGCCUUGAAAUUGAACAACAUUUGCAAAGAAAUGCAAGGAUAUUAGAGAAGAGACAGGCACUGUAUGAUGGAUUUCUGAGAAAUGGAUUGUCAGAACUUCAAAAGUUCCACAAAUAUCAAAGGGCUGAAAUCAUGAAAACAUUGGAAGAAGAAUCCUCAUGGCUGAGCGAAGUUGUUGCAGAAAUUCAAGAUAAGCUAAGUGAAAUUUGCAUCAACACUGAAGCUAGUGAACACCCUGUCGACGAGAAGCAAUGUUGUGACAACAGUUGUAAAGAUGUUCAUGUUACUACAGAUAUCAGUCCUAGCACUGGCACAAGCCCUAAGAGUGAUUUUCCUGCCGAUUCCAAUUCCAUAUCAUUUGAUGAAUCUAAAGCACUUGCACAAGCCUUACAGGAGAAGAUGGAAGCACUUAUGCUCUUCUCACAGGAACAAGAAAGAUACCUAUUAGAAAAACAGAAAGACCAAAUUGUUAUUGAGGAUCUUCAGAAGAACUUAUCUCAGGUCAAAGAUGAAAAGGUGAAGGUCCUGAUGGAAUUAGCAAAAGUGAAAGAAGAAUAUCUGCAAUUAAAGGGCAGCUCUGCUAUGAAGGAAGGUCAUGGUUCUGGGGAUUCAUCAAAAGUCAUUCCUGGGCAUGAUCAACAAGGGAUGCUGAAAAAUAUGCUGAAGAGGACAUCUUUAAGGCACUGGAUGAGAAACAGUAAUAUUGGACAUGGGAGCUCUGAUGGAAAUGAUCAAUCAGUUUGCAAAGAGCACUUAAUGGAUAUUGCAAGGUUAAGAGUUGAAAAUGCUACUCUUCUUGAAGGUGUUGGUACUGUGGAACGUCUAACUUCUUCAGUGCAUAGACUGCAUAUUGUGCUUUUGAAGUUCUCUGCUCUUCCAAUGUUCUCAGCUCAUUGCACUUUAUCCCUCACUGAUGAAGCUUGGGUUUACCAUACCAUUCAGUUGUCUCUGUCAAAUCUUCUGGUAGGUUACCAGGUUUGCCAAAGUGACUACUCUGAGGAAUUUCCUACUGUGGCUGAGGUCCUUGCUCCCCAUAUCUUAUAGAGGAGAUGGGUCAUUGUGCCUUUUUCUGCCUCCCUUGUGCCAGCUGAUCCUAUUUUACUAGCAGCUCAACUUAACCUACCAGGCUUACGGCCCAUGUGUUCCACUAGAGUGACCAUCUGCUCAUUUUCAUGUAGGUCAUUUUGCCUAAGCUUCAUCCUGAACUAUGGCUGAGUUUUAAGCCAAGUGUUGCUAUGGUAUUUAUGACUAUGUAAACGCUGGUUGUAACUGACCCAUUUUGAGAGUGCCGUUGGUGCUUCACCUGUCACCAGAGCUGCCCCAUCUGUCACUGGCAUUAUCUAGCAGACAUUCUCAAACUGAAGGGCACAUUGGUCGUCAAGUGACGUCAUAUUAGUCUAGGUUCAAGUGUGUCAUAUUUAUAGUCCAAAGUUCCAACUCUGAACAACUCUAGGGUUGGCCUAUAUUUGGCCGAUGAAUGGAGCUCUUCUCUUGCACAAGUAUAUAUUGCAGUAGUGAAUGGAGUAUAUAGUUGUAUAUUUAAGGUGUGAUUAGUGUGAAUGGAGUGUUAAAUUUUCCCCUCUCCCAGAAGUUGCAGUUGCAUCCCAAUGGUUUAAUGUGAUUAAUUAUCUUUUCCCUAGAGGGAAAGGCAUGUUAAUUGAUGCAGACGACUGUAUGCACUGAUAAACUGAGAUGCCUUCAUGCACAUUAAUCUUCGUUUUUCUUAGCCCUUGAAGUUGACUAACAAAAUGCAUUUCCAAAAAUAUAUAGAUUGGUGGGGUAGAAUGGAGAUGCAAGUAGGCAGAUACCUGAUAUUUAGCAAUUAUGAUCAAGCUACACCAUUUAUACUCGAUCUUAUGAAUGUGUUUUGUUGCCAUACUGCCAUGCAUGUAAUCUUAGUUCAUAAAAAACAAAACAAUUCUUACUGAAGGUACCACAAUACUUCAUUGUAUUGUAAAAGGCUCUUAAACACUUAAAUAGGGCAGCCUUUCCAUACAAUUACUGGGCGCAACCUGUAUCAAUCUAUAUUUUGCUUGGAACGUUAAUUUAGAAACUUCGGAUGCUAUGGCAUUGAUACCAGUCCUUCCGCAGGACUUUUGGCUGCAUUGCUAGGUUAUUGAGUAAUAUGUUGAUACAUGCUAGCAUA